AUGGCGGAAACACACCACUUUGACGUUUCGAAACUCUUCACUGUCAAGGACUGGGUAUGUGUCAUCACAGGUGGCGGCAGCGGGAUCGGCCUGAUGGCAGCGCAGGCCCUCGCAGCCAACGGCGCCAAGGUCUACAUCACAGGCCGACGCAUGGAGGCCCUCGAGACAGCCGCGAAGCACCACAACCCUACUCUCUCGUCAGGCGGCAAGAUCAUCCCCCUAGGCCCCUGUGACGUGCGCAAGAAGGAGGACCUCGAGAAGAUUGUGACGGAGCUGCGCACCACCCACGGAGAGACACACAUCCACCUGCUGGUCUGCAACGCGGGCAUCGCAGGCCCCAAGGCCGAGCCGGACGAGGAGGACGCCGAGGACCUGAAGAAGAAGCUGUGGGAGAAGGAGAGCGUGGAGGAGUGGCAGGACACAUUCGAGACGGACGUCACGAGCGUGUACUUCACGACGGUGGCGUUCCUCCCGCUGCUGCAGGCGGGCAUCCAGCCCGAGGGCCCGCUGGAGAAGUACGUGCCGAGCGUGAUCACCAUCUCGAGCAUGUCGGGCCUGAUGAGGCAUGCCCAGGGCCACUUCUCGUACAAUGCGGCCAAGGGCGCCACGGUGCACCUGUCGAAGCUAAUGAGCGCAGAGUUUCAGCAGACGGGCGUGAGGGUCAACUCGAUUGCGCCUGGGUACUUCCCUUCUGAGAUGACGGCCAAGAGCUCGGAUGAGAAGCAGAAGAGCCACCUGCCGCCCGAGAAGGUGGCCGAGAAGGGCCAUGUGCCGGCCAUGAGAGGCGGUCGGGAUGAGGAGAUGGGCAUGUUGGUCUUGUUCCUGGCCAAGAACAGCUAUGUCAAUGGGGAGAUCAUUGCGAUCGAUGGUGGCGUGCUGAAUGUUGUGUCUGGUCGCUGAGAUGAUGCUGUGGAAAAUGAGACCUGUCCGGAUGGUGUACCGGUAUGCACGAGUCAAAAUAUUAAGUGGAAAAUGGUGUGAAUUCCUGGCGUAUGGGCGUCAUGUCUGUCUCUGGAAGGUUUCUCAUGAGUAUCAAUCAUGUAUCAAUACACGAUAGGAAAUUAAAUCG